UCUCGUUAGUACAAAUGGCAGAAGUUAGUUGUGCUGGGAUUCCCUGCACGCAUGCGCGUUGUCGAAAGCUGUCCAUUCGAAAGCAAGCGAGGGAAAUCAAACCGAAAUCCUGCAGCUGUCACCUUCAUGUCAUGCCUGUCCAUGUGCUGUCGGAGGGGGCGGGGCCAGGUGCCCAUGUACCGACGCACCUGACCAGGAUUCCCAUCUCGCUCAUCAGCACCGGCGCCGACUACUCCGACAAAACAGUCAAGGGGAAAGUGGCUCAUAAAGGUCCGCUGGUGUCGUUAGCAGCUGACAACUUCAUCCUGAAGACUGUCAUCCAAGAAGAGGAUUCCCAAACGAAUGUGUCGUCCAUUAACGUCGUCCUGCUGGGAGCACUGGCGAAGGACUUCAGUCACUCUGUCAAUCAAGGGGACGUGGUGGUGGCCUCUGGCUUCACUGUGGGCAAAUCUCCCACAGUUCACAAGGACAAGUUGCACCCCUGCAACCUGCUGCUGUCAGGAGCCGCCGCCUGCAUUUACGUGUCCCGUCAGCCUCCUCCUGACCCCAGAUCCCCUCUGGCUGUUAAGAGAAGCUCCGCGCCCUCCGCCGAGGUUUCCAGGAAGCCCAAAGCUCCAAAAUACACGUACGUCCAGCUGGGCGACCUGAAGGCUGGAUCUGUGGCCAACGUGUACGGGGUGGUGGUUUUCUUCAAACAGCCGUUCAAGAGCCGCGGCACAGACUUUUGUUCGAGCCUGAAGAUUACAGAUCAGUCCAACCAGAAGAUCUGCUGCACCAUCUUCUGUGAGAAGCUGGAGGACCAUCCCAAAAUCUUUCAAGUCGGAGACAUCAUCCGCAUGCACAGAGUCAAGACGCAGCUCUUCAAUGACUCGGUCACGCUGGUCAACACUUUCGGUUUCUCUGCGGUGACGUUUGAUGGGGCGGUCGGUGCAGCCGUAGAGCCAAGGACCUCCAGCCGCUCCUUCCACUUUGACCAGGAGGAUCGUCGGACCGUGGAGGAGCUGCGAUCCUGGGCCGCAAGCCAGGCUGUCAUCGCCCCGCUUCCCACAAUCCCUCUGUCUGCCGUUCAGCCCAAAGCUUACUUCGACCUGACCUGCCAGCUGCUGGCCAAAGCUCCCAUCGACACCACCUGCACCCUGCUGAGGGUGUGGGACGGGACCAGGUGUCCUCACGCGCUGCUGAAGGUGAUAGUUGAGCCGAAUGUAACCGAGGGACCGUCCUCCUUCUCUGCAGCGAGAGAGCGCCUCAUCGCUAACGUCCUCGUCUAUGACAACCAUGUGGAGGUCGCCAGGCAGCUGAAGCCUGGAGACUUCCUGAGGAUCUACAACCUCCGAGCGAUCUCUGGAUCCAGUAAGGUGCCCGGCCUCACCAGCAGCCAGUCGGAGGAGGUGGAUCACCUGGCUUUCCACCUGCACGGAGGGACGGCGUACGGCAGGGGGAUCCGGGUUCUUCCAACGAACAGCCCGGAUGUGCAGGAGCUGAAGAGAGUCAUGGAGGCCUUCGCAGAGGACGACGAGCUGAAUGACUCAGCAUUAUUGGAGAUCUGGAGCACUCAGUCAGAGUCGUCACCAGAUGCUGAAGCAGCGGAGUGCAGCACAGAGAGAAGCUGCAGCCACAGCAUACCGCCGGUGACGCUGUCCGAGCUGAAGCGGUCCGAUCCGGGCGGAGUUCACCACGUCAGAGUCCAGCUGAGAUCCUACGAGCCCCGCAGACUCCACCAGGCUCUGAAGCUCUACUGCAGCAAGUGUUCUUCUAUGCAGGACAUCCCCGAUGAUGAACUGGUGGCAGGUCUUUUCUCUGAGGCGUCCAGAGAUUCUGGACCCUGCAGUCCCCCGCCGUGGGCGCUAACCGGGCAGGUCGACGUCCCCGGAGAGUCCCCGGGAUCGUCAACGCGAGCUCUCAGUGUUCACCUGUCCACACAGCUCAUGUCUGAGGGCAAAACCAAGGAGCUCAUCUUCCUCACAGGUUCGACUCUGGAGGAAACAUGUCGACUGACGUCUGGUUACCAGAACAUCGUCCCUGUGAGGUCAUCAGGAGGUCACAUGACUCUGCUCGACCUGUCUGCACCUUUCCUGUUCAGAGGCAGGAGGAGAUACUACGGGUGCAGGCGGUGCUCCGACGCUGCAGUGAGGGAACCCUGUGCUGAAGGAGUCGAGCUGAUUGAUGAGAAGGUCGUCGCAGAAGCUCUCGGCGUUCAGCUGCUGCAGUUCGUCCUGCUCAUGAAGCUCGAGCUGCAGGACGCCGCCGACACGCUCGACGUCUUCUUGUGGAGGGACGCCGAACUGUUCUUCAAGGUGUCGGCAGAAGACGUAGCAGCCAAUCAGGAGGCUCAGAACAGCAUCCACCAGACGAUGGACUCGCUCUGUCCACCAGGGGGCAGCACUGGUGAGCGUCCGUGGCUCGAUUUGUGUCUGAGGGCGUACCGAGCAGAGGACGACGGGGGGCAGAACCAGAUGUGCUAUCAGAUAUGCCACACCACCGUCACCAAACCGCCUGCCACACUGUCCGACCCCGCCCCCGCCUGAACCGCCCACGGGUCAAAGGUCAUUACUGGUACACCUGCAGGAGGAAACCUGUCUGCACCUGCUUUUGUUUAGUAUUUUCAUAUCUUUUAUGUUUUUAUUGGUAUUUAUUGUGCAAAACAAAAUAAAUGUAUGUGAAAUGA